AUGGAGGAUACAGCAAAUAACCAGGGCAGUCAGCUACGGCAGCCUAAGAAGAGAUUUGUCGGCCGCCGUACCGCUGAUGCCCAGGCCCAGAAAGAGCCUGUCGGCCAGAAUGACGUCGAGUCCACGGCAGUGCAGAGAGCUGCCCCGAGACGGACUCCCCGCACCCUCAACCAAGUGCCCCCGGAAAUCUUGAAUGACCCAGAGAUUCAAGCGGCGAUCGAACUGCUCCCCAAGAACUACGCCUUUGAGAUCCCCAAGACAAUCCAUCGAGUACGCUCAUCUGGCGCCAAGCGCGUCGCACUCCAGUUUCCGGAAGGCCUGUUGAUAUUCGCAACGACUAUCUCGGAUAUUCUCACGCAAUUCUGCCCUGGCAUUGAGACGCUGAUUAUGGGCGAUGUAACAUACGGAGCAUGCUGCAUCGACGACUACACAGCGCGAGCCCUUGGGUGCGACUUGUUGGUCCAUUACGCCCACAGCUGUUUGAUUCCCGUGGAUGUGACCAAAAUUAAGACUCUGUAUAUUUUUGUCGACAUUAGCAUCGACACCAGCCACCUGAUCGCCACCCUCGAGCGCAACUUUAAGCCUGGUCAGACCAUUGCAACCGUGGGCACAAUCCAGUUCAACGCAACCCUGCAUGGACUCAAGCCUGUCCUGGAGCGCGCAGGAUUCCGCGUGGUCAUCCCCCAAAUCAUGCCGCUCUCAAAGGGUGAGAUUCUGGGCUGCACCUCGCCGCAACUCCCCGAGUCCGAGAUCGACGCUCUUCUGUACCUUGGCGAUGGCCACUUCCAUCUUGAAUCGGCCAUGAUCCACAACCCCAACAUACCUGCAUACCGAUACGACCCUUACUCGCGUACACUAACUCGCGAAACAUAUGACCACGACGAGAUGCAUACCAUUCGGCGAGAUGCUAUUGCAACGGCCAGAUCCGCUCGCAAAUGGGGUAUUAUUCUGGGAUCGCUUGGCCGCCAAGGCAACCCCAAUACGAUGGCCAUGAUUGAGCGCCAUCUCGCGGAGAGAGGCAUUCCUGUCGUUAAUCUUCUCUUGAGUGAGAUCUUCCCCGGAAAGCUCGCAUCCAUGCCCGACGUUGAGUGCUGGGUACAGAUCGCCUGCCCGCGUUUGAGUAUCGACUGGGGAUAUGCCUUCUCUCGGCCCUUGCUGACCCCAUAUGAAGCACUUAUUGCCUUGGGUGUGCGUGAGAGUUGGGAUCAAGCCAACAAGGGCGUUUACCCCAUGGACUUCUAUGCCAAGGACGGACUUGGUCGAACAAAGCCUGAGCAGGCCAUUCCCGCGGUUUGA